UGCCGCCGGGCGCGUGCGCAGGACCCGAUAGGUGCCCGGACGCGGAAGACUUGGCCCGGUGGAGGUUCCCGCUUCUGAAGCGUGGGAGGCGGAAGAGGCGGCAGGUUGUAGAUUUUGGUCUUGGCCCCAAGGGGUUCCCCCCGGGCCCAUCAGAACCCAAGAGAGGAAGAGGAGGCACCGCGGCGGCGGCUGAGGGGCCGAACCCCCCACCUGUCCUCCAGGAGGGGAGGGGGGGUAGGGAGGGGAUAAGCACCCCUCGCAGGGCUGAGGAGCCCCUAGGACCGGGUCCCAGAGCAUGGGGGGCUGGACCGGGUCCCCGAGCAUGGGGAGCUGGAGCCGUCGAGGCCGCCCGGCCAGGCCCUGCCCGACUGUCAGCUUUACGGUGGUGUUAGCACUGCCCGGGCAGCUGCGGUGUCUGUAGCCCGGCCCCACUUGAGGUCGUCGGCCGAAAGAUAGCAACAUGAGUUUCGCCGCUGCCUAGUUUCCUCCCCCUCCUCUUCUCCCUCUGUCCGCCUCCUUCUCCUCUUCCCCAUACUUCGUCUUUUCCUUUCCCUCUCUCGUGCUCCUCUUUUUCCUCCACCCUGCCCUCCUUCCCUUCCGUCCUCGUCCUUUCCCCAUCUUCCUUUCCCGAUUCUGUCCUCCUUGUACUCUGUUUUCCUGUUUUUCCAUCUAUCCCCUUUCCCUUCCUCUUGCUCUUUUCCCUCCAUCCCUCUCUUUUCUCCAUCGUCUUCCCCUUAUUCUGUCACCCUCCACCACCACCUCCUCUCGCUACCGUCUCCCCUUCCUCCUCCCCUCACUCACUAUCAGCCUCCCUUCCUCAUCCUCAUCCUCCUUCCCUCCUCCUCCUCCUCCUCCUCCUCCUCCUCCUCCUCUCCUGCUUUUCUCCGCCCCAGCCCCCGCCCCCAAGCCUCCGCCCCUUAGCCCCCGCCCCCAGCUUCCAGUCCCCAGCAGCUCAGUCCUGCAGUGAGAGUCUUGGGAGUCCAUAGCUAAGCACCAGGAGCUGAGCACUGCCCGCUGUGCCUGCCUGCAAGUCUCCGACAUGGCUCAGGAGAAAAUGGAGCUGGACUUUGAGCCUGACACAUCUGAUGGGGGCGCCCUGAGGAGAUCCAGCAGCGCUCCCCUGAUCCACGGGCUCAGUGAUCUUUCUCAGGUUUUUCAACCUUACACAUUUAGAACUCGGAGGAAUAGUACAACGAUUAUGAGCCGUCAUACCCUGUUGCUGUCGUCGUCACCAAAUCGCGUUCCUAGUAGCAGACUGCAUCAGAUCAAAAGGGAGGAAGGCAUGGAUAUGAUGAACAGAGAAACUGCACACGAACGGGAAGUGCAGACAGCAAUGCAGAUCAGCCAGUCAUGGGACGAGAGCUUGAGCCUGAGUGAUAGCGAUUUUGAGAAGCCGGAGAAACUAUAUUCUCCUAAAAGGAUUGACUUCACUCCAGUUUCUCCGGCACCAUCACCCACCAGAGGGUUUGGAAAGCAAUGUUUUUCACCAUCCUUACAAAUGUUUGUGAGCAGCAGUGGGCUGCCGCCAAGUCCCGUGCAUAGUCCAAGACGCUUUUCCAGCAGGAGGAGUCAGAGUCCAGUCAAGUGCAUUAGGCCCAGUGUUCUUGGUCCUCUUAAAAGAAAAGGUGAAAUGGAAACGGAAAGCCAGCCCAAGAGGCUCUUCCAAGGCACUACCAAUAUGCUGUCUCCGGAGGCUGCACAACUGUCUGAUCUCAGUUCAUGUUCAGAUAUUUUGGAUGGCAGUAGUAGCAGCAGUGGCUUAUCCUCAGACUCACUGGCUAAAGGCAGCACAACCGCAGAGUCUCCAGUAGCAUGCACCAAUUCAUGCUCUUCGUUCAUCUUGAUGGAUGAUCUCUCACCCAAGUGACUUACCCAUUUCUGAUUCAGUGUUUUAACUGCUGUUUCCUACACAAAACAUUUCAGUGAGGAACGCAGACAGCUUUGAUCCAUAACGAGGAUUAAAGUGUGACAGACUUCAACCAUUUCGAUGCCGUUCUUUUUUGGCAUCUCUCUCCUCUAAAGUUCAAUUUUACGAGUGUAGUGACCUGACUCAUGUCUCUUCUUGCUGAUUUCGUUUUGGAUCUAGUGACUAAAUCUCAAAUAACUCAUUUUUGAUUGCUUAGAGUAUAUAUUUUUUCCCUCCGUGCCUCAGAGAGCACCUAUUUUCGAGUCUAUGCGUUUAAUAAAGGAAAGCACUGAUGUGUAUUUUCAACAGUGGUUCUUUUUCCCAGCAGUGACAUGACAGCUAAAGUUGAUCAGAAAUUCUCUUGCUUGAGAGAUUGUUUUUGUUGUCUGUUGACUACAUAGUUUCAAAUCUCUUUAUUCCACGAUAAUAGAUGGAUUGCUUUCGAUUAUAUUAAAUUUUUAUUUUUCCGCAUCAGCUUAAAGUACAUUAUUUUGUUUCCCUUUCCUGUUUGAGCUGCUUACUUGCCAUUUCUCACCGAGGGGAGGGAACACGUAGUUGCUUUCAUUACUAUCCAUGUCGCUUUGCUGGUGGAGUGUAUGACGUGAGGAUUGAUUUUAGUGCUGAGAAUGUAAAUGGACUGACGGGAUGCCUGGAUUAGUCACCAGAGGUUCUUAUGCCUUAGCUACCGCGGUUGAUGUUUUUCUCCCCAAACCUGUUGCCCGAAGGAAUAUAUAAAAUAUUGUUAAUGUUUCUAGGUGGUGUUAUCAAGGAGAAGAAAUCCCUGCCUUGACCAGAUGUGUGGAGCAUCUACAAAUGAAUGAAUAAUGUUAUUUACACACAAAGCACUGUGUAGAAAAGCGUACGCGGAGCUUGACAGCUUGUUUCGGGUGGUAUUACGAGGCCUGAGGUGCCUUGGGGUGCAGUGUUGUGCUGUAAAGGUGUAUGUCAUAAGGUAGGCUAGAAAAGGGGGCUUUAUGUGUCUUACUGCCACACGCUGUUUUGAUUGCUGCUUUUUGCUGAUUCCUUUCUCGUCCUCGGAUUUGUUUGUUUCGUCGCGUGGUGAGUGCUGCUGCCCACUGUGUUUUGGUUAUUGUGUUUUUGCCGCUAGAGUCAGAAUCCAGUUCUUGUUGAUGCUGCCUUCUAGUGAGGGCAGCUUCGUAUCUCCGAGGAAGCUCUCAGGAGCCGCAAAAGUCCACGUUACUGUGCAUUCUGCUUUUAAGAAGCUGUUGAGCUGUGAACAGUGGACAUGAUAGUCUGAGGUACCGUAAGUUAUUUAAUUUCUAAAAGAGGAAAAUCCUGACAGAGCUAUUUAAAAAAGCUGAGUGUAAUCUAUCGUUGUGUUAUUUAUUAUUUAAAACUGUGUUAAAAUGUUGUGAGAGAUUUCUUUUAAUGUUGAGACAUCGUGGUUGGGUUGUCUGUGUUUAAUAUGCAAAUUUUCCCGCUAGGAUCAUAAUAUUCCACGUUUUAAAUGAAUGUAAGAAAUGGAAACUACUGCCUUUGUGUCCUUUGAAGGCAAAGAUUCUUGAAUUCUGAAGGAAGAUGAUGCGCUUUGAGGGUACUCACAG